AUGGCUGAAACGACACGAGCAGAGCCUGCCGGCAGCGCACGAAGAGAGACUACAUUGUCCUCCGGUACAUUCAAUGAAUUACCGACGAUCCCUCAAGCCAAGGUCCUUGACUCCGCCUCCCCGCUUGGUUCCGACCAUGUCGACUUCGCGGGAAAUCCGGAUUCCCUUCGCGCACUGAGAAUCGCCGAGAACGAGCCAGCCGAUUACUUGGAUGUAUCCGCUCGCAAUGACGAGCCAGCGCAGCUUCCUGACCGUGGCAACGCUCUGGGCAUUGAUGUGUCGCCGGACUCCGCCCUCCCCACUCCAGCCGAUGUCCGACAUGUUCCGGAAUCCUCCUCGUCUACGGCCGGGCAGAAGAACGUGCAGUUUGCCGAAGACGACGCCGUUGCGGAACCGCCAGCAGCACACUCGAGGGCAGCCUCCUGGGACACAAGGGAGGCUCUAGGCAGGCUUCGAGGGUCGGGUUUUAUGGCCAAGCUGAAAGAACUUGCGAGUCCGAGCAUAUCCCAGUCUCCUAGGAUGCCAGGCAUGACCCCCGAGAUGGCCUCUAUGACAAGCUCGCCAACGGCACACCGACAGACGCCUCGGCUUACACGCGCGGUUGACGAGGGUAGCGACGUCGAUGCAGACGCCGAGGAAACUGCCGACGAGACCGUUGCGGGCCCCUCGAAGGGGAAGCAAAAGAGAAAAAGACGGAUGCGGAAGCCGAGAAUUCAAUCGCAUUCCACGCCAAACACGCCUCAAAUCAGUUCGCUGGGCCAUGAGAUAUCCAAUCCGCACGGGCGUCUCUCUUUUCUGCGGCGUGCUACAUUGACGGGCGCUGAAGAGCAUGGUUUCUCCGAAGGUGAAGGCCGUGACCGCCUCACGAAGGAGCGGGGUGCGAAGAGAGGACCGUACUGGAUUCGUAGAGCCGGCGACGAAGCUGAGGAUGUCGACAGUCCAUCGAGCCUGAGACCAAGCCACCACUUUAGACGCCUGUCCGCACUUGGGGGUGGCGCGUCUGACGGGGACGCGAUGAGUCCUAGGAGGCCCUUCUUUGGGGCAGACAAAGCGUCAACUUUUGGUGUGCAGAGAUGGCGGCAGGUCAAGGGUGCCUUGAAGCUCUUGCGUCAGAAGAAGGAAGAGCAGUUCGACUUCACAAAAUCUGCAGAGCUGAUGGCAGAGCUCCGAGCGGUUGCCCCAGCCGUUCUGAUGUUCGCAAGCAUGAUCCAGCGCGAUGAGCAUGGAAACAAGAAAAUACCCGUUCUGCUCGAGCAGCUGAGGCUGCGAAUCAAAGAAAGUGCCCCCGCUCCGGGCAAAGACAGCGAGAGACAUUGGCUGUUUACCAUUCAGCUAGAGUACGGGAGCGGCCCAAGCCAGAUGAAAUGGACGAUCAAGAGGACCAUCAAGGACAUUCUGAACCUGCACUGGAAGUACAAGCUGGCUCGAGGCAAUGAGGGAUUCCCGUCAAACCGCCUCGAAGGUACUGCCAGGCCCAAGCAGCCGAGCUUCCCCUUGUCAGCCUUCCCCUAUCUUCGCGGUGUCAGAGGGUUGGAUGACAACGAGGAAGAGGACCAGAACAAUAACAAUAAUAACAACAACCCUAACACUGAUGUACGCACCGAUGUGCCUCCCGCCGAAGAGACGGCCGGUGAGAUGACAGCGGGCGAGGGAACGGUUCAUGAAGGCACUGAUGCAGAAGACCGGUUGCCAAUGCGCAGAAAGCGGUCCCGCAUGCCCUAUCUCGGCGGCCGUCGGAAAACGCCGACACUUGGCUCGCAUGCCGAUUUCAACCAGAUCAUUGCUGAGGCAGCCGCGCAGAGAAGGAGAUAUAUUGAAAGGCAGCAGCGGACGCUAGAAAAGUAUCUUCAAGACAUGAUUCACUGGCUCAUGUUCAGAGCCGACAGCAACCGUCUUUGCCGCUUCCUCGAACUCUCUGCUCUAGGAGUCCGUCUCGCCGCCGAGGGUAGCUACCACGGAAAGGAGUGCUACCUUCACAUCCAGUCAUCCAAGGGCCUCGAUUUUCGACGAGUGCUGACGCCUGGGAAAGUGAUUGCCAGGCAUAGCCGUAAGUGGUUCUUAGUACGGCAGAGCUACAUUGUUUGCGUCGAGUCACCCGAAAACAUGAACAUCUACGAUGUCUACCUUGUCGAUUCCAAGUUUCAGAUCGUCUGCAAAAAGAACAAGGAGAAGCAGGCUGCCUCCAAAAGCCAGCAAGGAGACGAAGAUAUCGAGAACUUGGAUUUAUCCGCUCGCCCGCCUGCCACCAAGCACCACACAAUAAAGAUUGUCACGUCGGAGCGUAAGGUGAAGCUCUUUUCUCCCAACCAACACCUCAUUGCGCAGUUCGAGGAAUCCAUUUUGGAGAUGCUCAAGAACACCCCUUGGCAUCGCGAGAACCGCUUCGGUAGCUUCGCGCCCGUUCGGACCGGCGUGUAUGCGCAAUGGCUGGUGGAUGGUCGGGAUUACAUGUGGAAUGUCUCUCGUGCCAUCAGCAUGGCGAAAGACGUCAUUUACAUCCACGAUUGGUGGUUGAGUCCCGAACUGUACAUGAGACGACCGGCCUGCAUCAGCCAGAAGUGGCGUCUCGACCGACUGCUUCAGCGCAAGGCAGCCGAAGGAGUCAAGAUUUUUGUCAUUGUCUACCGCAACGUUGAGGCUGCCAUUCCCAUUGAUUCCGAGUACACAAAGUUCUCUCUUCUCAACCUGCAUCCGAACAUAUUCAUCCAGCGCUCGCCGCAUCAGUUCAAGAAGAACCAGUUCUUCUUUGCCCACCACGAAAAGAUAUGCAUUGUCGAUCACGACAUUGCCUUCGUUGGAGGUAUCGAUCUUUGUUUCGGCCGAUGGGAUUGCCCGCAGCAUCCCCUUGUGGAUGACAAGCCGACGGGUUUCGAACCCCAGGACGGGCCCAAGGACGCUGAGCACUGCCAGCUGUUUCCUGGGAAAGACUACUCGAACCCACGGAAGCUGGAUUUCUUUAGACUGCAUGACCCGUACGAAGAGAUGUACGACAGGUCAAGAGUACCGCGUAUGCCCUGGCACGAUAUCGCCAUGCAGGUCGUAGGUCAGCCGGCACGAGACCUAACUCGCCAUUUUGUCCAACGAUGGAAUUAUGUUCGACGAGGCCGCAAGCCAACCCGGCCUACCCCUUUCCUCCUACCUCCCCCGGAUUGCAACCCUGAGGAUCUUGAGGCGGUCGGUCUGAAUGGCACCUGCGAAGUGCAAAUCCUCCGCUCAGCCUCAACCUGGUCGCUUGGCACAGAGCACACCGAGCACAGUAUUCAAUCGGCCUAUAUCAAAAUGAUUGAAGAGUCGGAUCAUUUUGUUUACAUGGAGAACCAGUUCUUCAUCACGAGUACCGAGACGCUCAAUACGAAGAUCACCAACGGCAUCGGCGAUGCCCUCGUAAACCGCAUUAUACGGGCGCACGAAAAUAACGAGGAUUGGCGUGCUGUUAUCAUUAUACCGCUGAUGCCUGGCUUCCAGAACGAGGUAAAUGACCAGGACGGUAGCAGUGUCCGGCUGAUUCUGCAGUGCCAGUACCGGAGUAUCUGCAGAGGAGAGCACUCAAUCUUUGGGCGUUUGCGAGCCGCCGGUAUCGAACCGGAGGAUUACAUCCAGUUCUUCAGUCUCCGGCAGUGGGGCAAGUUUCCCAGCAAUAUCCUCACGACUGAGCAGUUGUACAUACACGCCAAGUGCAUCAUUGUCGACGACCGUGUUGCUCUGAUUGGAUCUGCGAACAUCAACGAACGAUCGCUUCUGGGAAACCGAGACUCUGAAGCGGCUGCAAUUGUUCGUGACACGGACAUGAUCUGGUCAACCAUGGCAGGGCGUCCUUACCUCGUCGGGCGAUUCGCUCAUACGCUGCGCCUCCGGCUGAUGAGAGAGCAUCUUGGUCUCGACGUUGAUGAGAUUCUUGAAGAGGAGCGUCAGACUGACCUGGACCGCGCAGAAGAAUUCAAAGCGGAGAUGGAUCGUAUUUACAACGAGGAGGACUCGGACCUCUCGCCGGUGGCGGAAGGUUCCAGGCGGCCAAAGUCGUCGCACGUUGAGCCACCUGAGACUCCACUCACACCCCACGAGCAUCAUACCUUCAAUCACGAUGCGGACGCGCAGGAGCGUCGGAGUCGGAAGCGCACGUUGUCGAGAGGCUCGAAGGGCAAAGGACCGGUGUCCAAAGCAUAUCCGGAAUUCCCCGUGGAGCAGCACGAGAAGGAAGUCAAAGGAUUUGGCCCCGACCAUUGGGUGUUGGCGCGAGAAGAAGGCCUUGACCAAGGUAGAGAUUCCGUCGUUGUCAGCGACCGUGAGGUGCUGGUGCAUGACAUAUCGGCAGAAGGGAAGGGGACAAUUGAAAGCCCGAAGCGUGCGCACACCUUGCGCCGCUCAUCCACCGCUGUAUCUUCUGACGGCGGAGUCGGUAAUGACGGCAUGCCGCCCGUUCCCGCAUUCGACAGGCGGACGACCGAACAGCUCGGGCUCCCGCGGGUGAAUCAGCUGCCUUCGCUACCCGUUCUUGACGACACCGACAUUGGAGGGCCUCCUGUCAGGCAGGAUGCCGCAGGCAAGCCGUGUCGCAGCCGGACAAAUUCGCUGGCCAUGGACAUUAAGCCAGCCGAUAUACACAAGGAUUGCAUGCGUGACCCUCUCAAUACGUCAUUCUAUGACGAUGUCUGGUGCCGGGUCGCCGAGAACAACACAAGAAUAUACCGGCGCGUCUUUCGGUGCAUGCCUGAUUCGGAGGCGACGAGUUGGGCGGAGUACAAGGAAUUCAACGCUUACAAUAAGCGGUUCCUGGAUAGCAUGGACAGUCAGCGCCCGAGCGAGGAAACGGAGAAGCCUGCUGUUCCCGGGUCUCCUCAAAACCAAGCCGCGGCGGGCGCUGGAAUUGGCGCUCCGGGUCCUGUUACCGUUGAAAAAGCCAUGACGGAGAAGCUGACGAGCCCUCUGCAAAGUGUGGCAAGGGCCGCUGUCGGCGAGCAUGCCCGGCCGGACUCUGCAUUGGACGAGAAGCAGGCGCUGAGCGAAGAUCUAACGGACAGAGGCCCACCGAAGGAGACAGGGCCAAACCGCGACCCUGAGAAGGCCGCCGCUAGAGCGCACGACUUGGUCAGUGAUGCAGUCAACUCAAGCCGCGACACAUUACCAGCGGCUGAGCUGCUGCGACCUGAUAGCAACCGUAGGGAGCGACGCUUGACGGUUUCGACUCAGGAGAAGCCACCACGAACGAGCGGCAGCGCGGGUUCCGGUGUCAAUGCCAACGGAGGGGGCAAUAUGACUACGGACGGGCAGCAGGCCAACGUCAAGGUGGAGGGGUCUCAGAGACGCAGGCGGAGGGCGACAACUAGGGGUAGUCGACGCGGAUUCAACGCAACAGAGGAACUGCUUUCGCGGGCUGAAGCCGAGGGGUUGCUCAACAUGACGCAAGGCACCCUCGUGCAGUUCCCGUAUGACUGGUUGGUGGUGGAAGAGACGAAUGGCAACUGGCUGUUCCAGGUUGACCAGGUGGCGCCGCUGGCGAUAUACAACUGA